UAUAAAAAAUAUAAACAUUAAUUACAUCAAGAUAAGCAAUUAUAAUAUUGUUUGGAAACGAGUUUAUCAGUCGUUUCAAAUGAAUACGAAAUAAUAGUGAAUAUUACAAUAUAUAUUUUGCAAAAGGAAUAUAAUGUGUAAAACUUAAAAAAAAAAAUUAAUAUUUAAAAAAUGUUACGGUGGUAUAAUUUGAAAUUAUAUCUUACCAUGAGGAAUUCUAGGCAUAUGGAAUUAAUAUUAAAUUAUAUAAAACUUAGAAAAAAUGGUAUAAUCCGAGAUAUCUUCUGUCAGUAUGAUAGAGGUUAUGGACAAUUUAAUUACAUCCUAAAAAAACAGACUUAUCCAUUAUUCAAAUUGAUAAAUGUAUUCUGUACAACAUGUAGUCCAUCAGUUUUUAAAUAUUUAAGUGGCCCAUUCAGAAUAAGAAGCAAUAAUAGUAAUCAAAAGCAUUAUAAAAAUUUAGCAUUGAUAUUAAGUGGUAUUAGUCUUGUUACAGCUUUCUGUGAUAUACCAGAUUAUACCACAGGUAAAAUAUUAAAUGAAAAGCGUUUCUUUCGUGCUGCACAAUAUGGCAAUGUACCAGAACUCACAAGAGCAUUAUCAGAUGGUAUCGAUGUGAAUGCAAGGCAUCACAUGGGCUGGACUGCUUUACAGGCAGCAGCGAUGAAUGGAAAGGUUGACGUAGUUAAAAUUUUAAUAGAAAAGGGUGCUGAUCUAAAUGCAGGAGAUAAUUUUAUUAAUGUAUAUAAAACUGCUAUGCAGAAAGGCUUUCAUAGUAUAGAAGUACUUCAGAUAAGGUCGAACGAAUUCUUUGAUGGAUUAAACAGUAAAGCUACAUUUCAUGGUUUCACAGCAUUACAUUAUGCUGUUCUAGCAAAUUCUAGAAGUUGCAUUAAAGCGUUACUAGAUGCAGGAGCAAAUCCUACCAUUGAAAAUGAUGCAGGACAUAGACCAGUAGAAUAUACGAAAGAAGCAGACAUUAAAGAAAUGUUAACUGACUAUGCUUCUAAGUUUGAUGAGAUUUCUAAAGAGAAAGAAGCUGAAGAACGGCGUAGAUUUCCAUUGGAACAACGUCUUAAACAACAUAUCGUUGGACAAGAAGGACCAAUUUCAAUCGUUGCUUCUACUAUUAGGAGAAAAGAAAAUGGUUGGAUAGAUGAGGAACAUCCAUUGGUAUUCUUAUUCCUCGGUUCAUCUGGAAUUGGGAAAACUGAGUUAGCUAAACAAUUAGCAGGAUACAUUCAUAAAAAUAAAAAGGAUGGUUUUAUUCGUUUGGAUAUGUCUGAGUAUCAACAGAAACAUGAAAUUGCUAAAUUAAUUGGCGCACCACCAGGAUAUGUAGGACACGAAAAUGGUGGUCAGUUAACAAAGUUAUUAAAAAAAUGUCCUAAUGCCGUUGUAUUGUUUGAUGAAGUUGAUAAAGCACAUCCUGAUGUGUUAACAGUAUUAUUACAACUUUUUGAUGAGGGAAGAUUAACCGACGGCAAAGGAAAAACUAUUGAAUGUAAAAAUGCAAUUUUUGUAAUGACAUCGAAUUUAGCAAACGAAGAGAUCGCAGAAUAUGCUAUACAACUUCGCGAAGAAGCAGAUCGUUUAUUAUCUCAAAGACUUGAUAAAAAUUCUAACGAAGAUCAAGAACCGGAACGUAUUGAGAUAUCACGUAAUUUUAAAGAUGAAGUGGUACGUCCUAUAUUGAAAGCUUAUUUUCGAAGGGACGAAUUUUUGGGUAGAAUAAAUGAAAUAGUUUAUUUCUUGCCAUUCUCAAGAAUAGAAUUAUUAAAAUUAGUAGCACGAGAAUUAGAAACAUGGGCUUUACGUGCUCGUGAAAAGCACAUGAUCGAAUUAAAGUGGGAGAGAGAUGUGUUAUCAGUUUUAGCUGAUGGAUAUGAUUCUCAUUAUGGUGCACGUUCGAUUAAAUAUGAAGUUGAAAGACGUGUAGUCAAUCAAUUGGCUGCUGCUCAUGAACGAGGACAAAUUGCAAAAGGAUGUAGCGUGUUACUUAAAGCCAAAUGGCACGAAAAUGGAGCAAGCAUAUGUCUUGCUGUUCGACCUAAGGGGGUAAAAGAUUUUGUCGAAAUCACCGAAACCGAUAAUUUAAUUAAAAACGUCAAUUCUUUAACGAUUUAAAAUAAUUUCAGGCUUACAAUAGAUAGACUUAGAAAAUAAUAAUACAUUUGAUUAAAUGCGUUAUAUUUUAAUUCUAUUGUUAUUAAGUUAUUUAACUUUGAAAUAAUAUCAAAUUGUGUAUAUAGAUAUAUAUGCAUAAAUCUACAUACAUAUAUAUUAUUUCAAAGAUUUUUCUCUAUACUAUAUGGUUUUUCAUAUUAACGAUAUUACGCUUGACAGAUAUAAUAAAUUUAUUGUUCAUUCAGACA